CGAUCGACGACUGGAAGCAAGAGUCUAGUCCCAGUUUGUCAGUGGAGGGGCACGGUUUCACUGUUUGUAAAAUGGAUGAGCAUACUCAGCUUGCAAUGGCUCUGUCCAUAUCACUAAUGGAUGAUAAGGAGCAAGGCGGCACAACCAUUGAAAUACCAAAACCAAUAGUCAAACCAAAGAAAAGAGGCAGGAAAAAGAAAAAAGAUGAGGACCUUGAUGAACAAACCCUCGUUGCUAUGGCGAUAUCAGCAUCUCUGGCUGAUGAGACGAAGCAAAAGAACAAAGAUCUUGGGAAGAAUGAAGAAAGGCCUGGAAAGAAGACUAAAAGCAGGGUUAAAGCAAAGCUCAAGAAGGGCCAUCAAGAGUUUCCAGUUCUUCUAUCAAGGAAUGAUUAUGAAAGACAGAAAAUUUUGGAAGAACGCAUCAGUGCUCUUUUGGAACCAUCACAUUCUGUGGACAUGAUCUCUGACCAUGUGUUUCAACCAAGUACCAUCAAGAUCAAAUAUUUGGAUCCAGAGAGACGCCUUCUUACAGAGACCUACCCUGGCAAUAUCAAAAUAAAAUCUGGUCUUCAACUAUGGACUGCCACUGGAGCAGACCUAUCAAAGAAUCAGACUGAUAAAUCACCAUUCUAUGUUGAGCAGUUACAGCCUACCAUUGUACCCAUCACACCAAAACCCUGCACCAGUCCCAUCUCAUAUUCUAAGAAGACUCCUACUAAGACACCAUGCAAGAUCUCUCCAAAGGCUACCAAACCAUCAAAUGAAAUGAAUGUCGAAGAGAGCAUGAGUAUGACACAGUCCUUUGGUAUGACAGUUCAAUGCUUGGCUGAACUAGCAGAGGAAGGAAUACAAGACUCAACAUCGUCAGAUAAAUGUGGAUUUAUACCACAGGAUACAGUACAAAGGGUUGACAGUCCAGAUAAUCAUCUUAGCAAUGAUCAGUUAACCCUCUUAGAAGAGCUUUCUAGUUUAGUGAACUCAGAAAGAAUGAGUGAUGUCAUGAUUCAUAUAGAUGAUGGAAGUAAACUUCAUGUCCAUUCAUUCAUCAUUCGCUUGAGAUGUCCUGCCUUAGCAGAGCAUCUGGAUCAAUCUCAUGUUAGGCACAGUACCAAUCUUCCUUUUAUUACUGUGAGUGAUAUAUCCUAUGAAGCAAUGGAGAAUGUUCUGAGUUAUAUUUACUCUGCCACUGUGAAUGUUACCAGAGAUACAGCUGCUGAAACACACAAAUUUGCCAAAAGAUUUAAAAUGACUGAGUUAGCUUCGCAUUGCAAGCCGUUUCUGGCGGAUGACACAAACACCAAAGCAACACGAAAAGGAAGUGAGCUUGACAUUCUAGACAAAGACCUCAACCAACUGAUUGACAGUCUGUGGGAAGUUGAAGAUGAUGAUAAUGAGAAGGAGAAUGCUAGAGAUGCUGGUAGAACAUCGGAGGAUGAUGAUGCGAACGAAACUUUUAAUGAUGAUGAACUCAAAGAGAUAUAUGAAGUAUCUCAACGAUCUAGAAGCAAAUCAUUCCAAGAUGAUGAUAGUGAUGUAGUUCCUCUAGAUGAUGGCUUCCCUCUGGUCAGUAGCCCCAAGGAUACCAGCAAUGAUGAUGACGAUGGAACAAAGGAUGAGGAUUCAGCGGAAGAGGUUCUGAGUGAGAUGAUGCUGACACAAGGGUGUAGACGGAGCAAUACCAGUAGUUACUGUUCUCAUGAAAACAUUAGUGAUGGUGAUGAUGAGGAUUGGAGUAUGGUAUUAGAUGAUGAAGGUGCAGUACAGAGUGAGGAAAAUGUACAAUGCUUGAAUUUAUUUUCAAAUAGAACUACUGAUAAAACUGAAGAUGAACUAAAAGAGAACUUUGUUGAUAGUCCUAAGGACAUUAUUGGUGAAACGCCAAAGGGAAUUUAUCACUCCAGAAGGAAAGGCAGUGAUAGCUCAUCAAAAAGCGAAAGAGUUGAUGAUGAACAUCAUUACAGAACAUUUGAGGACAGUUUUCAUGCUUUCUUAGAUCAUACAUUAGUGGAUGAAAAUGAUAAGAAUGCAAUAUCUGCCGCAACAGACAUUCGCAAGAAGAGGAAAGCAUCCCCGGAACCUUCAAACAUGUCUGGGGAUAAGAGUAAAAGUGUAGACAUUGGUGAAAGAUUCAGAGCGUCACAUCAGAUCUUAUUGGAUGAUGGAACUAGUCGUUCAGAUAGCCCUGAUGAUGUAGUGCUGUUACUUCCAUUGGAUUCUGCAGAAUCUGAGAGUGAUUCGCCAGACAGAAUUGGAGAUAAGAAUCUUCAAAAUAUGCAGACAACAAGGUCUCGGGUAGAGAGUGGUAAAAUGAUUGAUACCAAGGUCAAAGGUAACACCAUUGGUCAAGGGAAAGUAAGUUCCCCAAGAAAGAAACUAUUGAUACAGGAAUACUCCCCAAAGAGUGAUUCCGACAAUUGUUUAUCACCAGAUCGUGAUGUUAUUGAGAUCCAUAAUGUUAGUACAAAAGAAAAAAAAGGACUCAUUAAUGAGAGUUUUCAUACCUCUUCAGAAGCACACAAGAAAUGCUCCAUGAAAUUAGACUGUAAUAUUCAUGUACAUGAGAGUGAUACAAGGCUGAAAGGAUUUGAAUCACAAUCAUCAGUAGAAGAUCAGAAUGAUGAUGACUUAAAGAACAGACUUGAGUCUUUAGAUGGAAGUCUCUCUGAGGAUAUUCUCUCUCCAUCACCGCCACCAUCACCUAAAUUCUGCAGGGCAUCUCAGCUCCCUAGAUUGGAGAAAAUCAAACAUGUGAGAAGUCCAGUGAGCAGAAAUAAUCAAUUCAGAUUUGGCCAGAGCAGGACUAGAUACUCCAAAGAAAAAGCAGUGAGUCUUGAGGGAGAGGACAAUACGUAUCAACUCUCUUCAUCAUCUUCAACUUCUUCAAUAAAUGAGAGCAUGCUUUCAUCUUCUUUCAAGCGAAACAAGAAAAGGAAGGUUAAAAGAGAUACAAUGCAAUGUGGCAGUGGGGAUAGAUUACCAAGCCCUUCUGAUGAUUUCAGUACAGGUUCCACGGACACUGUUAAAAGAUGGCCUAGCAUGGUAAAGGACCAAGAUCUGCCAAACCAUAGAUCUAGAGAUAACAUCAACUGUAAAGCAUCACCAGGGCUUCCUCAUGACCCAUCUCCUUCUCCUCCUUCACAAUCAAGAUCACAUAGAAUAUCACCAUCUCCUUCCAUUGAAAGAUCUCCUGCAGCAUCUCCUCUUCCAGGAGCUUCCUCAACAUCUCCUGUAGGAUCCUUAAGGCAGUCUCCACCAUAUCCUGAUAUGCAGGAUAUGGAUGGAGAACCAGAUGAAAGGUUUGCCUUUGACAUGGAGGAAGGAUGCGGGUUCGAUGACUUCAAUGUUGAUAUGGAUCUUCCAGGUGAUGUUGAUGACAAUGCAGGAAUCAUCAACCAAGAGAACAAUGCUUUAGAAGAUAUGGAAGACUGGAACAUAAGUCAUGGUUCAAGGGAAGGAAUUGUGAUUGGAAGUCAUCAAAGUGAACCUUUGGAUCAAGAUAAAGAAAUUGAUUUGACUAUCGAGGAGGAGAGGGUGGAAGAUGAACUCAUGUCUGAUGAUCUUCAUCAGCCUCCACCUGCCUUGAAGGAUAGAAUAACUGGUGUUGAUACAUGUAACACUCUUGAUGAAUCAGAACAAGGAGGAAGUUUUAACAGAAGAGGAACCCCACAGGCCAAUCAUCAGACAUUUCAAUAUGGUACAGAACUGGUGAAUGGGCAAAAGAAAAAUAGAAUACCACAUUCAUCACAGACCACCCCAAGAACUUCACAUACAACUGCAGGUACUGCAUUAAAGACACCAUUGCGUCUGAUAGAAGAGCAAUAUUACCCCCCAGCUCCAAUCACACCAAUGCCAAAUUAUGGAUCUAUGAUCACGCCAGAACUCAAGAAAGAGCUGAAGAGGUUUGGAGUAAAGCCAUUGGCCAAGAAAAAGGCUAAGUUACUCCUCACUGAAAUAUAUAGUUAUUUACAUCAAGUGAUGCCAGAGGAUGAAUCUGAUGAAGACACAUCAUCCACUGCUAAGGUCAACCAAGAGCCUGAGCCAUCCAAGGGAAGGGCUAAGAAAGGAAAGGCAACAAGGAAACCAGCUACUAAGAAAGGUCAGGGUCAGAAGAAAGGGAAAGAAGAGUCUUCAUCCGAUGAUAGAGCAACCAAGAAACUAAAGAAACCAACAAAGCCUAGGAAACGCAAGACAGCCGAAGAAAUCUUAGAUGAGACACCAACAAAACGAAUAAAGAAGGAAAGUCCUGUAGGAGAGAGGUUCUUAGACACCGGUAGGAGUGGUGUAGGAACGGAAGAUAGUACAAGGGUUGACGAACUGGUGUCUAGUCAGGGUAGUCGUAGCUCAAGCAUUGAUAGUGAUAAGAAUGACUUUGGAGAAAGCAUGUACCAUGAAGACGAGGAAGAAGAUGAUGUUGUCAUGGCAACACAACAGGUACAAGAUAUGCCUACAGAAUUAAAGAAAUAUAUCAUGAGAAAUAAAGAAUUACAUCAAAGGAUCCUUCAGUAUGAGGUGCUGAAUCUUGAAGAAUUUUAUAAAGAACUGAAAGAAGCACAGGUACCUUGCUCUAAAAUCAAGCUCAUAGAGUUUCUAGAUCAACAGUGUAUCACCUUUCGACACAAAGAAGGCAGUCGACAACGCAAACCAAAGAAAACCAAGAGAUGACAUCCUAAUCCUUCCAUCAACCAUCUAUUAGACAUACGGCUGCAUUGAUCACUAAGAUCUUGUUCAUGUUGAAGUGUCAAUGUGUAAUUGAUGAGUCGUGACAUAGUGGUUCUGCCAGUCUGUGUUUAAGUCCAAUCACAGCACUGGCAUCUUUUGGCCAGCAUGAAUCUACCAUUUGCCGCUCUCCACCCAAGUGUGAAUGGUUCUCCGAUGUGGUUGAGUGCUAGUUACUUAGGAGCUCAGCUAUGAUAAUCUCUUAGAGCCUUUAGCAUCCCAACUUGGUGGAUACAACCCUAAUAAAAGCCACCAUUGUUAUCAGUACUACUGUAUUACUGAGGGCUCUGAUAUCUUGAUUGUUUAUCAGGAAAGAGAAUUAUAUUUUAAGAUGUAGGAGUGUAGAUACCAUUAUAAAAAAAGGCACUACCUUACUGUGCACUAGCUGGCUCUGUAAGAGAAGUGAUGUGAUCCUAUUGAAGAAAACACUGUAGAAAAUUAUCACCAUUAUGGGUAAUUUUCUGAUU